UAUAUGGUGUGAGAGGCAAAGGCCAAGGGAGAGAGACUUGUUCUUUUUUAUUCAGAGAUUAUUUUGGAUUGAAUUGAAUUGCUUUCUUUUUUCAUAAAUCUAAAAUCCAAAUCCAUUCAAAUCUAAUCUCUCUCAAUUAACUAAAUUUAGAAAAUUUCCAUUUACACUGUUUUAUCUUCUCUUCUUCUACUUAUAGAUCUUGUCACCUGAUUCUUCCCAUUACUUUCUGAUUCUCUCUUUUUAAUUGAAUUGGAUUAAUUUUGGGGGUUUGCUUCGGCUUCAGUAUUGUAUGAUUUCUGUUGAUAAUUUAAUCUGAUUCGUUUGUUGUAUAAGGCAAGUAAUAUAGUGUGAAUUUAGGUAAAUUUGUUACAUUCCAAAGUAUCUUUCAGUUUAUACUUUAAUAGAUCUGUUUCUCCUGUACAAAUCCAAUGGAUUCACCAGUUCAUCUAUCCUAAUCAAUCUUCAGUGAUAAACUAAGCAUCCGAGGAAGUUUAAUUUUGGGUAAUUUGAGGUGUGCUUGAUUAGAUAUCAUUAGCUGAGUGAGUUGUGAAAAUAAGUUUUCUAGGAUUUGAUAAUUUGGUUGUUCUGGAGUGUUUACUGAAUAUAGUCAGGGCCCUAAGGAUGGGUUCCUGUUUAUCUGCUGGUGGAAGAAACUCAAUCCCUAAUUCACCAACAGCCUCUUCACCAAAAUGGAAACAGAAAAGGAAUUCUAAGAGAAGGCAAGGAAGUAAUAGGAGUAGUACAAGCAGUAGUAAGCUGGAAGAUAGUUUACAUAGAAUUCCAGGAAGGAUGUUUGUGAACGGAGCUACUGAUCUUGCUUCACUCUGUACUCAACAAGGAAGGAAAGGAACUAACCAGGAUGCCAUGAUUGUUUGGGAGAAUUUUGCUUCAAGAGAGGAUACAAUCUUCUGUGGAGUUUUUGACGGACAUGGUCCAUAUGGCCACAUGGUAGCAAAAAGAGUGAGAGAUUCCCUUCCUUUGAGGAUCAACUCCCAUUGGGAAUCAAGUAUUGAUCCCAAAGAUGUAUUUAGAGAGAAUGAUAGUGCAAGGGAAAGCAUAAAUUCUGACGAAACUGGCUCUUUCUGCAUGGAUAAUGAUUUUUCGGACUCUUUGGAUGUUGGAGAUCCGGAGAAACUCCCACAGAUUUCUAAUUUGAAAGAGUCCUUUUUGAAGGCUUUCAAGGUUAUGGAUAGGGAACUGAGGAUGCACCCGAAUGUCGACUGUUUCUUCAGUGGGACAACAGCAGUUACGAUGGUCAAACAGGGUCAAGAUCUUGUCAUUGGAAAUAUCGGGGACUCAAGAGCAAUACUGGGAACAAGAGAUGAAAAUGACUCCCUUGUUGCAGUACAGUUGACUGAGGACCUGAAACCAAAUCUCCCAAGGGAGGCCGAAAGGAUCAGGCGAUGUAAAGGAAGGGUUUUUGCCCUUCAGGCUGAACCAGAUGUUUCUCGAGUUUGGAUGCCAAAUAAUAAUGCUCCUGGCCUGGCAAUGGCUCGUGCUUUUGGAGAUUUUUGCCUCAAGAAGUAUGGUGUGAUUUCUGUGCCUGAUGUAUCGUAUCGACGUCUCACUGAGAAGGAUGAAUUUUUAGUGUUGGCUACAGAUGGGAUAUGGGACGUCUUAUCCAACAAGCAAGUGGUAGACAUAGUGAGCUCAGCUCCGGCAGAGGCCUCUGCAGCUCGGGCAUUGGUUGAGGCUGCAGUGAAAGCAUGGAAGAUAAAGUACCCAACUUCCAAGGUGGAUGACUGUGCUGUAGUCUGCCUCUUUCUCAACUCUUCUACCUCAACUCCGUCCUCCAGCACCAGCCCAACAAACACCACCUCCACUUCCUCGAUUUCAAAAUCCAAAAUACAACCUGCACCACAAGACAAACUAGAUAAUGAUGAGCAUUCCCCAGUUGUCCCACUUGUGUUGGACCGAUCUGGUACUACAGCUCGCAUAUUGUGUACUACUGAAGCCCUUCAGAAGCCAGGCAAGGAUGAUGAUGAUGAUGAAGAGGAAGCAUUACAGCAAAGUGAAACAGUAAAAGGAGAGGAGGAAUGGUCUGCACUUGAAGGUGUAUCACGCUUGAACACAAUGGUGACUCUACCUAGGUUUGAUGUAAAUGAACACGAUGAGAAGAUGAUCCCUGCUGCUGGAUAGAGUAUAUCUCUUAAAUGAAGGCAACCAAGAAAAAAGGUUCUUACUUUGUCUCCAAUUUGCAUAUUGUUGUUAUAUUUUAGGUGGGCCCGCUACUUUCUAUAUAUGGUCAUUUGUUGAUGGUUUUCUUAUUUCUUAUAAAAAUAAAAGGAAAAAAAAGAAAAAAAAGUGUUUGUAGGGGUCUUUUUCAUUUAUAGUUGAAGUUUGACCAGGGUUAGUGGCUCAGCUUUAUUAUUGUGUCUGUGGCCUAUUUUCCUCUUUAGCUUAUGGACCAAAAAUAGGAAUGUUUUGUACAGAUCAAUCUAAGGUUGGCCUUUGCCAUUUUUCUUUCUUCCAUUUUUUUUUUUUUGAUUCGUGAGAAAUUUAAGCUUCUAAAGUAAGUUGCUUGAAAUUUGAAAAUGAGAUAGAAUCUACUUGUUUUGUUCUUCUUCGAUAAUAUAAAGAUGGGCAUCUAUUUCACUUA